AUGUCCACAUCUCUGAAAUCAUCCAAACUGUGCUGGCAAAUUAUCUUGAUUGGUGUGACACACAUUGGUAUGGUGCUGAGCAUGAUCAAAGCUUUGCUGGAGAGUCCAGAUGGCCUACCCAUAAAGUAUCUCAUGUCAGGUAACAAGAAAAUCACAGAUUCACUAUUGAAGAAGUGGUCUGUGAGACCAGACUUGGUUCUCACCAACUUUUAUGGUUCUAUGGAAGCAAUGGUUGGCUGCACUUUGAGGCAGAUAGGCCUGAAUGAUCACAAAGAAAACAUCAGAAGAGCUUUUUCAUCAUGCUCCACAUACGUUGUUGAUUGUGAUCUGAAUAUAGUGCUGUUGGGAUGCUCAGGAGAGCUGGUCAUAAGUGGACCUCUUGUUGCAUGUGGCUAUCACAACCUUUCUGAUGUAACAUUGAAGAUGUUCAUUGAUUACCCUACUCCAGGAUGUAAGACAUACUUUACUGAUGAUCUAGUUCACAUGAUGCCAGAUCACUCCAUCAAAAUCAUAGGUCAUAUUGACAGCCAAGUCAAAUACCAUGGAGUGCGCAUUGAAAUGGAAGGGAUAUUGUAA